GGGGCCGGGGCGGGCGUGCUGCGGGCCGAGGCGAUGCCUUUCCUGCACGGCUUCCGCCGGAUCAUCUUCGAGUACCAGCCCCUGGUGGACGAGAUCCUGGGGGCGCUGGGGAUCCCGGACCCGGAGAGGCAGGAGACCCCCGAGAGCCCCAGCUGCCUGGCUGAAGAUAGGAGCAGGUUCCCGGUCCUCAGCGAGGUUCUGGAGAGAGAGACCCAGUCCCCUUUCUACCAGGAAGGAGUGAGCUAUUCCUUGCUGAAGGUCGCUGAGCUUGGGCUGGUGCACGUGGCUGAAAUCCUCCUGCAGUAUGGGGCCGACCUCAUCUUUGAAGAUCCUGUCACCUAUUACACUGCUCUGCACAUCGCUGUUCUCCGAAACCAGCCUGACAUGGUGGAGCUCCUGGUACAGCGUGGGGCAGACAUCAACCGAAGGGACCGGAUUCACGAGAGCAGCCCCCUGGAUCUCGCUAGUGAAGAGCCUGAACGGCUGCCGUGUUUGCAGCGUCUCCUCGAGCUCGGCGCAGACGUCAACGCGGCUGACAAAAAUGGCAAGACUGCCUUGCUGCAUGCCCUGGCCAGCAGUGAUGGAGUCCAGAUCCACAACACCGAGAACAUCCGUCUCCUGCUAGAAGGAGGUGCAGAUGUGAAGGCCACCACAAAAGAUGGUGACACUGUCUUCACCUGCAUCAUCUUCCUACUUGGGGAGACAGUGGGAGGAGAUCCAGAGGAGGUGCAGAUGAUCCACCACUUCUGCUUCCGAGUCACGCAGCUACUUAUGGCCCAUGGAGCCGACCCCAGCGAGUGUCCUGCCCAAGAAUCCCUCACCCACAUCUGCCUCAAGAGCUUCAAGCUCCACUUCUCACUCCUGCGCUUUCUGCUGGAAUCGGGGGCUUCCUACAACUGCUCCCUCCAUGGACCCUCCUGCUGGUCGGGCUUCCACAUCGUCUUUGAGCGACUGUGCUCCCACCUCAGCAGCUCUGAGGAUGACAGCUUCUCGGCAGACCUGCUGCAGAAAGCAGAGACUGUGCUGGAGCUCAUGGUGGCCAGCGCUCAGACUGUGAAGCUGCCCAGCAACUUUGAGGUCAACUUUAGCAGCUGCAGGUUCCAGGGGGAGAAGAUCAAGGCCCUUUUCCAUUCCCUAAAGCAGCUGGAGCGUUCACCUCAGGCCCUGAAGCACCUCUGCAGAGUUUACAUCCGGCAGCACCUCAAACCUUGGCCAGUAGAUAUGAAAGUAAAGGCCCUACCUCUUCCAGACAGGCUGAAGUGGUAUCUCCUCAUAGAUCACACCCACGCCUGUAGUGAGGGCAUCUGAGCCAGGCUGCUUUGCCCACAACCACUCUUGGGUCUGUUUCCUGUCCCAAAGAGCAAAUACUUCCUCAUGCCCUAGACUGACUUUCUCCACUGCAAACCAGCGCUUUGUUUGAUCAUGCUGCUUAGAUACCACUGUUCACCAAGUCCAGCUUUGCAUGCGUAUGCUACUACAUGCACUGUGUUGGCCUUGCUCCUUCGGAAAGGAAUGCCCCUGACACCAUGCUACCUCAGUCCACUUCGGCCUGUUUGGGGUGGGAAGGUAGCUGGACUCUGUGCCUUUAAGAAGGGCCAGGCUACUCUGGUGCAGCGGACUUAAACGAAAGGCCUGCUUGGAUUUGGGAUUAUGAGCAUGGCCUCAGAAGCACGUAAGGCAGCACUGAGAACCACAGGACCCUGACAGUGCAAUAACUAAACAUGCUGGAGUGCUCAGAUGAGGCAGGAUAACCUUGCCCCCUCUAAAUCCCAUGGGCCACAAGUAGUUCCUGCUGCUCCCCAGAGUUGGGACCUGUGGGGAGCAGUGCCUUAGCUGGGGUGUCAGACCACAGUCCAGCUGCCUACUGCUCAGGGGUGGGCAGAGAGUGCGUGGCAGUGGGGAGAGGUGUAUCCCCCAGGCCAGGCCUAAGAGCAGCUGGUCUUAUCACAGGGGGCUGAUGGCCUGUCUCCAGACCCCUGUAUACCACACCCUUUGGAGGAGCAGCCCACUUUGCAAAGGACAGGACUGACACCCGCCAGAUACUUAACCCUCUGUAACCUGUGAGAAGGGCAAGAGAGCAGCUCACUUUCUCCGUGCAGCUGACAGCCCUUGGUGAAGAGUCGGCUGCCUCUGUGGUUUGUAGACUAAAGUGGGAUGUACAGCACAAUGCUAAGAAGCCAGCACACCAUGCAGCACUUGAAUGACACACAGCAACGAUUCUCCUGUGUGGCCUAGCAGCAGAUUCCCUUGCAGCCUCUGUGGCUCUUAGCUGGUGCUGUCACACGGGGAGGUGGAGCCUGGCUGUGGACUGCCCCUGUUGCAUUGUGCCUUUGGUGUGAUGGACAAAUCUAACAUCCUUAUCUCCAUUAAACUGGCUUCCAUCCCAGGGUCUAUCACCCUCCCCUUUGCUCUGAAGGCCACAGGACAUCCUCCACCCACACGGAAGAGAUCCCUGCAAAGGCCCCACUGUGCUCCUUUGCCCAGACUGAGCAAAACUUAAGUACUUGAGGCCCUGUGACCCAAGGAGUGGGACAGGGACAACCCUGGUUUUCCUUCUCCUGUGUUCUAGUACCGCAGCAUGUUUUGCUACUGCUAACUUGGCCUAAAACCUACAUCACCAGUCACAGUACCACUGCCUCAGCACAGCUACAUCACGUUACUGUGCCAAAGUGCCAAAGCCAAGCAGCUGCCCAACUGUUUCUUACCACUGGGGAAUCCGGCUAGAAACCCUGCUCUGAUCGGCUGUGAGAUACAAGCAGGGCACUAAAAGACUUCAGUCACCCAGGGCUGGAGCAGCUGCAUCCAGAAGCAGGGUCGCUGCCUCGCAUUUGCCUUGCACUGCAGGACACGUGUAAAACUUACCAGGCUGCCCAAGUCUGUCCACUCAUGGCUUCUUCCUCCCCCCAGCAAGUAGGGGUCAUAUUGGUAAACUGAUGUACAAUUAAACACAACACUGGUGUCUUGAAUCAGAUCAAGCAAUUAAAAUGAGACCUUUUGUAACA